AUGGAGCAAAACGAUAGGGAAGAACUGCCCGAGAAAGCGAAGCACGACGUCAAAACGUGGGCAGGCCCGGGGGAGGGGGGGGGGGAAGCUCACCCGCGAGACAGCGGCGACGCCGGCGCUGUAGAGGCGAUGGAAAAAAGCCGAGUUCGUCUGAAUAUGGACCAGAAAAAAAGGCAGCAAAGAAAAAUCCCCCAACGAGAGACGAAGACGCGGGAAUGCUCUACGGGAGAGGUGGCCGGGGGAGGCGGAAUCGCAGCAAGCUGCCGGAGUCGGGGCGAGCGCACAGCUGGCGGGUGA